GGUUCAUGAGUUCCAAUAUGGUAUCAGCCUGAUAUCUUUCCUUCUCCUCCAUCUUGUGUGGCUUUCCCUUUCCUCCUUUCACUAUUUUGUCUCCUUCUUAUCUUCUCCCAACACGUGCCAUCCUUAAUUGCUUCUUUCCUACACUAAAUUGCCGAUUUCUUUUUUUUUCUUCUUGAAUUUUCUCUCUUCAUAUUCAAGAACUUGUUCUUCUUUUUCUGAAACCUUUUUUUUCUUCCCCACACCACCUCUGUUUUCAUGGUCGCCGACGUCCCCUUUUCCGAUUUCGCCACCAAUCCCUCCAACCCCUACUAUCUCCACCCUAACGAAAAUCCCUCACUUGUCCUCGUCACUCCCCUUCUUGAUCAUACCAACUACAACUCAUGGUCAAGAGCCAUGAAAGUUUCACUAAUCUCAAAGAACAAACUCCGCUUCAUUGAUGACACCUUCGCUCAACCCGCCGCCGGCACCACUUUUUACGAUCCCUGGCUUCGAUGCAACAACAUGGUCCUUUCUUGGCUGCAAAAAUCGGUUUCUGAAACCAUUGCUCAAUCAAUUUUGUGGAUUGAUAAUGCAUCAGUUGUUUGGAAAAAUUUAGAGACACGGUUUUCUCAAGGCGAUAUAUUCAAAAUCUCCGAUCUUCAAGACGAUCUCACCAACCUGCAUCAAGGUACCCUCGACGUUUCCACCUAUUUUACCAAACUCACAUCUCUUUGGGAACAAAUUGACGCAUUUCGACCAACUCGGGAUUUACUUGUGCUAUUCCAUGCACCUGUGGCGCUGCCUCGGAUCUUCGUCGAUACAAAGAUCAAGAUCGUGUUAUCAAGUUUCUUAAGGGCCUAACUGAUCAAUUCUCUACGGUUCGCUCUCAGAUUCUUCUGUUGGAUCCUCUCCCCUCCCUUGGCAGGACUUUCUCCAUGGUUCUUGGCCAGGAAAGACGUUCCACCACCAUCCCUGUUGAAUCACCAGACCCACCUUCAUUAGCUAUGCAAUUUCAACCUUCUAACAACUAUGGGGGAGCUCGCGGCAAUGGUUCUUCUCGCGGUCGCGGCCGCUCCUUUCCGGGUCGUGGUGCUUCUUCACAACGCAUAUGCACUCAUUGUGGUCGUAACAAUCACACCAUCGAUACCUGCUUCAUGAAACACGGCUACCCUCCCGGUUAUCAAUACAAAAGCCAAAAGUCAUCCAUCAACAAUGCUAUGGCUUCUCCUUCGCUCGAAACUCCGGUUGAUUCUACUUUUGUACCCUCUAUUGCUACCAUUCAGAGUCAAUAUAACCAGAUUCUACAAAUGCUUCAACAUCAUCCCUCGUCUGCUUCCGCUCCUACUACCUCUGAUGCCACUCCUCUACCUAACAUUAACUCUGUUUCUCCUCUCAUCGAUGAAAAACUCUACGAAAACGAUUGGUUUAGCUGAACGAUACGGAGAUCUUUAUGUGCUCAAAGUCCAGGCCAUCCCAUCUCCUUCCUCAUUUACCUGUAAUUCUGUCCAUCAUUCUAACUUUGAUUUAUGGCAUAGAAGAUUAGGUCACCCUUCUUCUAAUGUUCAUAAAAUCUUAGCUUCUCAAUGUCCCGUUGUUACUUACACAUUAAAUAAAAAUUCUCCUUGUCAUCUUUGUCACAUUUCUAAACAAAAGCGCUUACUAUA